AUGAAGUUCAUCAUAAUACUACUGAUUAUGUUACAUAUAUUAUCAUAUAAUGUCCAUUCAAAUAGAACAUUGAAAUUCAAUGAAUUAUGGAAGAAAUGGAAAUCUCUAUAUGCUAAACAAUAUAAUGAUCCAAAUGAAGAAUUGAUUCGACAAAGAAUUUGGAAUAAGAAUCUAAUCAAAAUUCAAUUGCAUAAUUUACGUUAUGAUUUAGGCUUUGAAACAUAUUCUAUUGGUUUAAGUCGAUUUACCGAUAUUGAAUGGAAUGAAUUUUGUUCAAUGUAUAAAGUUGACAAGAGUUUAAUCAUUCCUGAAUCAUCUUUUAUUGAAGAAGAUUAUGAUGUGAAUAAUGUUGGUUGGACACCGGAUUCAUAUGAUUGGCGUCAUUUGAAUGUUGUGAAUGAACCAAGAGAUGAAGGUUCAUGUAUUGGUUCGUAUGCAUUUGCUGUAACAGCUGUAACUGAAUCUCAAUAUGCUUUACGUACAUCCAAUCGAAAAAACUUUUCUGUACAACAGUUUAUUGAUUGUACACGUAUAUAUGGUAACAUGGGAUGUCAUGGUGGUUACACAUUUACAUUGUUUAUUUAUUUACAAAAUUUUGGAUUAGAAACAGAAGAGAAUUAUCCUUUUACGGGUGGGGAUCAAGAUUGUCUAGCAAAUAGUUCAGAUGUGAUUGUUCAAUCGAUUGGUUAUAAAUUUCAUCGACAUGGUUAUGAAACAAUUUUGAAAUGGGCACUGUACAAUGAAGGUCCAUAUGUAAUUUCUAUGAAUAUUGAUGAAAAGUUUUUACAUUAUAAGUCAGGAAUAUAUCAAUCUGAUACAUGUACACAUUAUAAUUUAAAUCAAAGUAUGUUACUUGUUGGUUACGGUUAUGAUAAUGAUGGCAACGAUUACUGGAUAUUACAAAAUAAUUGGGGGACAAAUUGGGGUGAACAGGGUUACGUGAAAGUACUUCGUAACAAUUGGAAUAUGUGUGGAAUUGCUUCAAUGGCAUUUCGACCAAUAUUACGAGGUUUUUAA